AUGGAAGACGAUAAAACUGCGGCGAAAUUCCAACUAAGUUGUGAUAUAUGGGAUGCAGAUGAAACGUAUGUUAGGCUAGGCUGAAACGAAGGAGACUAUCUCUUUUCACUCUAGAUUUUCAAUCAAAAAUAUAUUUUCAAGUAGUUUUCGACCCGCUGAUCACUAUUCCGAUGUCUAAAAUUGCAGAACUCAACUCCUAACAUUAGUUAUGAUGUGGCAAAGUGGAAAAUUUGGGACUUUAGGAGCUGAAAACUAUCUUGAAAAAUGAUUCUGAUAGUAUAGCAUUGUUCGGGGGGCUCACAAACAUCAGUGGACUUCAUGUUUUGAGUAUGUGAUGUUAUCGAGCCUCCUGAAUAACGCUAUGCUAACAGAUUUGAAUGAAAAUCAUUUUUGAAUAAAGUUUUCAGCUCCUAAAGUCCCGAUUCUUCCAACUUUGCCACGUCAUAACUCAUAAGAAGUUGAGUUCUGCAAUUUUCGACAUCGGAAUAGUGAACAGUUGGCCGAAUAGAAAAUUUAUAUUUUAUCAAAAAUCUAGAGUGAAAAUUCUCUUUCCAGCAGCAGAUGUUCUAAUAACCUAGUUUUUCCAGACAAGACGAUGAUAGUCAAAAGGUUGAACUCAAAACUGGAUCCGAAUUAUUCUAUGUAAUGGGCGGUGAAAAUGGUGAUACAAAAGCUAUUCGAAUGUAUUGGAUUGAUGCGGUUGAAGAUGCUCAUAAAAAUAAUGGUAUCUGAUUUAAAUUAUACAAAUUCCAUUCACUUAUAAAUUUAUAGGAACUGUUUAUUUAUUCGGGCGAGUCAAAGUUAGUGAAUCUCAAUUAAGAAAAAGAAGAAAUUAA